AUGGUUGCUGAAUUAAUUGCACAAGGUGUUCCUGAUACUAUAAUUUUGAAGAAAGUGAGAGAGAGCAUUCAAGUUGGACUCUUCAGAAGAGUUCAUCUUUUAAGCAAACAAGAUAUUAGAAAUAUUAGGAAAGAAUACAAGCUGGACGAUAGUAGUGCACACCAAGAUGAUGCAACCAGUGUUGAUCUGUGGGUGAGACAACAAGAGCACCUAGGGAAAGAUUCCCCAGUGAUUUAUUACAAAGCCCAAGGCACUGAGGAUAAUGGAAACAAAUUAUCAGAAAGUGACUUUAUGAUAGUCCUUAUGACUGAGUAUCAGCAGAAAAUGGCAAAAAAAUUCUGUGCGGAAAAAGUUUUGAUAGACAGCACACAUGGCACUAAUAAGUACAAAUUUUAUCUGACCACACUGUUGACCGUGGAUGAAUUUGGUGCUGGAUGUCCAGUUUCUUAUUGGCUCAGUACACAUACUGACACAAGGUCCAUGCAAGUUUUCUUUGAGCAGAUUAAAAAAUGUAUUGGAAACAUCAAAACAAAGGUAUUCAUGUCUGAUGACUGUGACUGCUACUACAGUGCCUGGAGUGUAGUUAUGGGCCAUAGUGAACAUAGGUUGUUAUGUACCUGGCACGUUGAUCGGGCAUGGAGACGGAAUAUAUGUGCAAAAGUAAAUGGGAAUGCAAUGCUGAAGAGUACUGUAUACAAAGCUCUGAAAACUUUGCACUUACAGACAGAUAGAGAGAAAUUCUCAGAGCUGCUGGAUGGCUUUCUUACUUGGUGUGCAGAGGAGGAAGGAACUGAGGAGUUUGGCAAGUACUUUAAAGAUAGAUAUUCAUGGAGGGCACAUAUGUGGGCAUACAGCUACAGAAUUGGACUUGGCCUUAAUACAAAUAUGUUCUUAGAAGCAAACCAUAAAACUCUUAAAUACUCAUACUUACUGAAGAAAAUAAAUAACAGAGUAGAUAAAUGUAUCCAGGCCCUGUUGCACAGAACGAGGGACUCACUUUUUCAAAGAUUAAUAAGGCUUUGUAAGGGGACAGAGAGAACUACACGCAGUGCUGAAAUAAGUAAGAGUCACAGAAGAGGUUGUGGUAUCAAUAAGGAACUGAUACACUGUGUUGAAGAUGGCACAUGGCAUGUAUACACCGUUUCUGAUCGGCCCCCAUAUACUGUCACCUAUACAGAGAACUCUUGCACUGCAUGCCCAUUGUCCUGUACUGAGUGCAAGAUCUGUGUGCACAGUUGUGUGUGUUCUUGCACAGACAAUUUGAUGAAGGGUAACCUCUGUGAACACAUUCAUGCAGUGGAAAUCAGCAAAGGAACUGUAAAGCUCCCUAUGCAAGACAGCUUCUGCAGAGAGUCAUCUGUGCAGGAGUUAACACAAAUAGUUGCUCAGCAGACUUCAGGUGCUGGCAGCACUGUUGACUACCGAGCUGCUUUGGAAGACAGGCUGACUAUUGUGCAACAAUUAGCAAGAAGUGCUAACAGUGAAACUGCUGGCUCUCUCCUUGUGUCAUUUGAUAAAUUAAUUAAAGAAAUGAGGGCAGGCAUUGCAUCGCAAAAAGAACUCGUUGGUCCACAUUUUCCAGUAACUUCAGCUCCACCAAAUGAGACAUGCAGGAUUCAGAGACAGUUCCAAUCAGUAAGGAAGACAUGUGAAAAGAAGGAACAUUCAUUUGCAACACCAUCCUGUGCAGAAAUUGAGACGAUUAUACAAGACCUCUUGGGAAGUGGAAACAGUAGCUGA